UAAGAUGGAGAAAGAAGACAUAAACCAGGCUCAGGUGCUUAAUAGUUUGCUAACUGAAAAGUUACAGACUCGUACCGAAUUGAAGACGAACGCUCUCACGAGAAUACUGCAAUCGUGUUGUUUUAUUCCACAACGUUUUGUGUUAAGCAUAAUGGGGCUUAUGGGAGUGUGUAAUGCUUUUACAAUGAGGGUAUGCCUCAACAUAGCUAUCACUCAGAUGGUAAACAAAACGAAAGAAUUCAAUAUUGAAGUAGAUUUAAAUAGCAAUACUUCUGUUGAAGAAGCAUGUCCAAAUGAAAUAGUCAGCACCAAUGUCACGGAAAUCGAAAACCCAUUUGCCAUAUUUAAAUGGGAUGAAUCAACACAAGGUUUAAUUCUUAGCGCCUUUUAUUACGGUUAUGCUAUGACUCAGUUUCUGGGGGGAUAUUUGGCUGAGCGGUAUGGCAGCAAGUGGACCCUGGGCUUGGGCCUACUGAGUACGGCGCUGUUCACGUUUCUGACUCCCUGGGUGACCAGAGCGGGAGGUGCGACGUGGCUAUUCAUUCUUCGUAUCAUUCAGGGAAUGGGUGAAGGUCCCACUAUGCCGGCGCUCAUGCUAAUGCUUUCAAACUGGGUUCCACCGCACGAGCGUUCCCUCCAAUGCGCACUUGUAUUCGGAGGCGGCCAGAUCGGAAACAUCUUCGGCUCGCUCAUGUCUGGCUUGUUACUAUCCGGAGGCAGAGACUGGGCCUAUGUCUUCUACUUUUAUGGUGGAUUUGGUUUGAUUUGGUUUGUUCUCUGGAGUAUUUUCUGCUAUAGUUCGCCCAAUAUUCAUCCUUUUAUAACCAAGAAGGAAUUGGACUACUUGAACUCGAAGAUCAUUAAGUCUGACAGCAUGACUAAAGACCCUGUCCCGUGGAAAGCCAUAUUGAGAUCACCACCAGUCUGGGCACUAGUAUUUGCCGCGGUCGGUCAUGAUUGGGGCUACUACACUAUGGUCUCAGACCUGCCAAAAUAUUCCGUGGAUGUGCUCAAAUUCGACAUCACACAGACUGGCUGGCUGACUGCUCUGCCGUAUGUUGCCAUGUGGAUCUGUUCCUUCAUAUUUGGCAUUGCUUGCGACCUGUGCGUUAGAAAAGGAUGGCACACUAUCAAAACGGGAAGAAGCAUUCACACAACAAUUGCUGCCACCGGUCCUGCGAUAUGCAUCAUUCUUGCUUCGUACGCAGGAUGUGAUCGAAAUGCUGCGAUGUUCUACUUCAUUCUUUCUAUGGGUUUGAUGGGAGGGUUCUAUGCCGGAAUGAAGGUGAACGCUUUAGACUUAGCGCCGAACUUUGCAGGCUCCCUAACGUCGCUCGUAAACACUACUUCUACGUUUACGGGAAUGAUUACUCCGUUCCUUAUCGGCUUAUUGACGCCUGAUUCUACUGUCAGCCAAUGGCGUGUGGCAUUUUGGGUAUGUUUCGCCGUGCUGGUUGGCACUAACGUGGUGUACUGCAUCUGGCUGGACGGCGAGCAGCAGUGGUGGGACGACGUGAGGAAGUACGGCUACCCGGCCGGCUGGAAACAUGGCCCUUUGAUCAGAGAGGUCAAUCCGGAGCAGCCGGGCUCUAUCAAAAUAUCAGAGGAGGAUGAGGACAAACAAGUGUAUUGAACUGUCAAUCCCAAACUAUUAGCUUAGGCCAUUUAUUUAGUGUGAAUUUGAAAAAUAUUAUGUAUUUCGGCAGAUAUGCGAUUUUGCGAUGUCAGUAUGUAGUCUCUCUGAAUGUAAUACUUUUUUUUAAAUCCGUUUUAUCCCGUAUUCUCAUAGGUAGGUACAACUUAUUUCUUUGGGUACAAGGAGGUACCUGGGUACAAAAUAUACGGCGAUUGUCAUUGUUAGCUGAAGAAAGUGGUUUUAAUUUUAAGGGGACUAAUGAAAAAUUACAAUAAACUUAACAAAUCAAUG